GGCAAGUUGCUGCAACUUGAUAACUUUACAACCUCAUCGAUCAGACAUCAAUGGCUAUUUUCCCUUCAAUGAAUGGAUUUUGAAGGAAGACAAAUGGGAUGUUCAAGACUGCUUCUGAUCUUGUUUUUCUCUGUUUUUCUCAUAAGUCUCAUUUCCGCUGCAGAUCUCAACUUCCGGUUUGCUUGUGUUAACAAUGGCAACUUCACCACCAACAGUACUUACGGUACCAACCUCAACCGUCUGUUUUUUCAGCUGUCCACCACGGUGGAUUUCAGUUAUGGGUUCUACAAUUUGUCCGUUGGUCGGAGCCCUGACCAGGUUAAUGCAAUCGGACUCUGCAGGGGAGACCAAAUGGAGGACGUUUGCAGAAGAUGCCUGAACGAGACCGUCUCCGAGCUCCAGCAGCAAUGUCCCAACUACAAAGAGGCGAUCGGAUAUUCGGAAUUCUGUACGCUGCGCUACUCAGAUCAACAACUCUAUGGAUCCAUGAAAGGCAGUCCUUACUUUGCAAUUUCUAAUGUUAGCAGCACAUCGGAUGUUGACGGGUUCAAUCAAGCUUUGAUCUCCUUGUUGACUGAUUUGAGCAGUCGUGCGGCAACCGGAGGCUCUCUUCGCAAGUAUGCAGCGGAUAACGUGACGGGUCCGGGUUUCUUUCUGAGAAUUUACGCACUCAUGCAGUGCACUCCCGAUCUGUCUCAGCAAAAUUGCAGCGAUUGUCUGACAUUGGCAACCGCUAAGAUCUCUUCUUACUGCUACGGGAAGAUCGGAUGCAGAGUUCUGCAACCCAGCUGUAAUUUGAGAUACGAGAUCGACCCAUUUUUUGCAGCCGUAGAUGACAUUCCCCAGCCAUCACCGCCGCCAUCCUCACCUCGGCCAACAGAAGGAAUUGGAAAUGGAAAUGGGAGCAAAACAACUCGAACAAUCAUCAUGGCUGUAGUUGCUUCUGUUGUCGGCUUUUUGUCACUUCUCCUCUGCAUUUGGAUCUGUUUAAGAUGCAGAAAGCCAAGGGAAAAUGAGGAAUAUCCUACCAAGUGCACACAAUUGGAUUGGGAAAGGCGUUACAAAAUCAUUGAAGGCAUAGCUCGUGGCCUUCUUUACUUGCAUGAGGAUUCUCGUCUUCGAAUAAUUCAUCGUGAUCUCAAACCAAGUAACAUUUUAUUAGAUGAAGAUAUGAAUCCUAAAAUUGCAGAUUUUGGCAUGGCAAGAUUAGUUGUAAGAGAUGAAACACAAGCCAAUACUAGUAGAGUUGUGGGAACUUACGGAUACAUGGCUCCAGAGUAUGCAAUGCAUGGACAAUUCUCAGUAAAGUCAGAUGUAUUUAGUUUUGGUGUGCUACUUCUAGAAAUUGUUAGUGGCCAAAGAAAUAGUUGUUUUCGAAAUGGGGAGAACAUAGAAGACCUACUAAGUUUUGCGUGGACAAGUUGGAGGGAAGGGGCAGGAUUGAAUCUCCUAGAUCCAACUUUGAGAAAUGGUUCAACAGUUGAAAUGAUGAGAUGUAUCCAUGUUGGCUUGCUAUGUGUUCAAGAAAAUGUUGCUCAUAGACCAACCAUGGCUUCAGUUGUUCUCAUGCUUAGUGACAAUUUAAUUAGUCUCACAUUGCCCUCUAAACCUGCAUUUUUUGUGCACAGCACCAUUGCAUCAAACAUGCCAUCCUCAUUUGGGUACAAUUCACGGGUACAAGACUCGAAGAGAUCAGAGGAACAAUCAGUCCCUUUGUCAAAUAAUGAUGUUUCAAUUACAGAGCUAUGUCCUCGAUAGUUUUUGAGAUUCAAAGGUACAAUUAGAUUCAUAUUGUCAACCCGAUUCAAAAUAAUGCUAGAAUUCACUUGUUAGAUGUAUUGGUAUCUGAUACUUGUUUUUGUAAGAAAAACUACUUCCAAUCACAAAAAUACAGUAUGUUUUGAUUU